AUGAAAGCGAGCAUAUCGUUGUCGUCCCGGUAUUUAGUCUGUGGUCGGCCUUGCGCUGUGCCCGGACGGACCACCGCGGCGCGCACUCGAGACUCCGCGUCGAUGCCCCGCUUCCGUAUGAGACGCACCGUCGCACGCACGCACUCGACCGUCCUCGUGGCGGAGCUUGUAGACAUGAGAGCGGAGUUAGUGCAGGCGCGGGCGGCUGCUGUUGGUUACAAGGAGACAGGUGACGGGAUCGGACGCGUGAGCGAGACCGCUCGGGCCAGGGCGGAGGCUGCGCAGUUGGCGAGGGAGAAUGCCGCCCUGAGAGACACCGUGCUGACUUUGCAUUCGGAACUCUUCGGCGCGAGAUUGGCCACAAAAUAUCUGGACAAAGAGCUGGCUGGCAGGAUACAGCAGCUUCAACUCCUCGGCAGGGACAUGCGGUCGGAAGUUAGAGAUUCUCUUUGGGCUCAGGUGGAAGCGGAGAUCCUGCUGCAGCGGCACAAGACGCUGGUGCGCGUGUGCCGGGGGCUGUCGCCGCGGCCGGCCCGUCCGCGCGCGCCCGCCGCCAGGCCGCGUACUGUGCGCGUCCGCCGCUCGCCCCACCUCGGCCUCGGGAUUUCCGUUACGGGCGGUCGCGAGCACGGAGUCCCCAUCCUCAUCUCGGAACUGGAGGCUGGUGGUCCAGCCGCCCUCACUGGCGAGCUGUACGUCGGAGACGCUAUCCUCGCCAUCAACGACGUGGACCUAACCCAGGCGUGCCACAAGGAGGCAGUGCAAGCGUUGCAAAGCGUGAAGGGUGACUGCGCCCUCUGCGUUCAGUUCAUAGCUACGGACGACGAUGAUCGCCUGUCCGAAGAUAACUACAGGUUCCCGCUGUACCCAGAGGACGGGGAGGCCUUCGAGAAGGAGCCCGACGGCUCGGGCGCCACGCCCACCGCUCCGCGCACGCCCGACUACGAACACAGAGCAUCAUCCGUGGCGGGAUCGGACAACGAGGGCAGGCCGACCAUCCCCUACCCGGCGCACUACCCCGCCACCUACCCCGACUACAACUCCAUCAACAACAACCUCUCCAUACUGGACAUGGACGACGACUCCAUCAAGAUCGAAGCCAGGCCGGAGAUGGUGCGGCUAGAGGCGGACAAGGGCGGCGAGAGGCGGCGCGGCCUGUACCGGGCGGUGGCGGGCACGUCCCCGGCCGCCUCGCCGCCGGCCUCGCCGCCCGCCCCCCGCGCCCCGCGCGCCGCCUCCUCCGCCUCGCCCGCCUCGCACCUCUCCACGCCCGUGCACGCGCGCCGCCCCUCGCUCAAGAAGAGGCGCAAGCCGCAGGAUUGGCGGACGAAGGGGGCUUACCGGGCGGUGUCUGGCGAGGCGCACUCCUCGGAUGAGCCGCUAGCGGCCGAGGGGGCGUCCCCCUCCGCCUCGCCCCCUCAGCCCCCGCUACCGCCAGUGUCGACACCGCCCGUGCUAGUAUCGCUAGGGCCCGUCAAUGAUACAGCGGCCGUAUCGAGAAGCGCGUGCUCGCCUGCGGUAGAGGACGCGGUUCUUAUGCCGACGCCCCAGUCGCCGCCAACCCCACAAUCGCCCAUUUCGCCCCCCUCGCCCCCCUCGCCGCCAUCGCCCUCAUCGCCGGAGUCGCCCCCUCAAGAGGCAACAGCGCCUCUACCGGUUGACGUCGAUGUGGUCAAACCUGCUAAAACUAACGGCGAAGCCAAACCGAGAAGGGAGCCCAAAGGGUUUCGGAUAGGCUCGGCGCGGCGCGUCACGGACGGCGUCGCGAUGACGAACGGGGGAGUCCCCGAGCGGGGCAAGAUGGCCGCCCGCCUCCUGCCCGGCCGCGGAGACCCCGACUUCGGCACGCCCGUC